AUGCUUGAGGCGCGUCUCGAACAAGCAUCUAUCCUCAAAAGGCUACUUGAUGGCACGUAUUCGCUGGCUUUAAUGAACCGGUCUUCUAUCAAAGAACUCGUAACAGACGCAAACUUCGAAUGUGGCGAUGAGGGCCUGAAACUUCAAGCGAUGGACAACUCUCAUGUCGCGCUAGUCGCCGUUCAACUUGAGCCCGAAGGCUUCGGAAAAUAUCGCUGCGACCGACCCAUGCCUUUGGGAGUCAAUCUCGGUUCAUUGACCAAGGUUCUCAAAUGCGCCAAGGACGAUGACCGUGUCACCCUCAAGGCCAAUGACAACGCUGACGUUCUUAAUUUAGUCUACGAAGCACGCAACUCGGACAGGAUCGCCGAGUACGAAAUGAAGCUCAUGGAGAUCGAUAUAGAUACAUUGGGUAUCCCAGAGACUGAUUACGACGCGACUGUGGUGAUGCAAUCUGGCGAGUUUGCUCGUAUCGUCCGGGACUUGAGCGCCCUCGGCGAGUCGGUCAAGAUCGAGGUUACCAAGGAAGGAAUUCGUUUCUCUGCGGACGGUGAGGCCGCCAACGGUAGCGUCUUGCUCAAGGCCACAGAGGGUGCCCGCGAGCGCUACAAAGACCUUGAUGGAAAGGAUGCGAAGACCAAGGUCAAGAAGGAGAAGGGUGACAAGCCGAGGAAGAGGAAGAAGACCGAUGACGCCGACGUCAAGAUGGAAGAUGCUGACGAAGAUGUUGAGGAAGACGAUGGUGGCGAAAAGCUAUUCAAGCCCGCUUCGGAGGACGGUGAAGCAGAGAAGGAAGAUGACGAAGAAGCAGGCUCCGAUGGCGAGGAGGAGUCUGACGGUGCUUCCAAGAAGCGUAAACGCAGCUCGCAGCCGAAGAAAUCGAAAAACGAUGACGGUGACUCGUCAGGUGGCGUGAUGGUAGAGCUUGGCCAGAGUGUCAAUUUGACAUUCUCGCUGAAGUAUCUGGUCAACUUUUCCAAGUCGACCUCCUUGGCCAACACGGUCACACUCAAAAUGAGCAAUGAAGUUCCGCUGUUGGUUCACUAUAAAUUCGACCAGGGCCAUAUCCAGUAUUACCUUGCACCCAAAAUUGGAGACGAGUAA